AUGUCAGGCGAAAACAAUCUCCAAACCCUCCUAGCAACAAUGCGACCAAGCCUAGACCCAACAACCUACGUCUUCCUAACAACAAAACAACCCCUCCAUUCGCUACCCCUAUCAACCCUUGAACCCCAACUCCUCGUCCAAGAAGAAGAGGGCACGACAAUCGUGACAACAGAAGCCCUAGCCAAAUCCCACGGCUUCACUGAAUCAAUCUUCCCCUGCAAGAAGAUCACGCUUACCGUCCACUCCAGUCUGGAAGCAGUUGGCCUCAUCGCUGCUAUUAGCAAUCGGCUUAAGGAUCAUGGCAUCAGUGCGAAUGUUGUGAGUGGGUAUUUCCAUGAUCAUAUUUAUGUUCCGGUUGCUAGGGCAGAGGAUGCGAUGCGGGUUUUGGGAGGGUUUGCUGGUCAGGCGAGGGAUUGA